CGGAAACAAAAGCAAAGAUUGAUUAACACCUAAAUUUGCCUGUGAAAAGAAAGGGGGGAAAUAAACUGCAUAAGUAAAAAUAUCCAGAAUCUGGUUUACAGAUCUACUGAAUUAUUUUUUCUAAUCAUUUUCACUCCUAACCAUAUUGUCCACCGGGGAUUCGCAAAAUACACUUAGCCUACUAAAUACAAGUAUGUUUUAAUUAUGAUAUACCGAUACAGCAAGUACGCGUAAUUAUUAUAUACCGGUAAUGCAAAAACGAACUAUGUAAAUAUUAAUGUCAUUUACUGCAACAUGACUGCGCUAAUGGUUAUAUUAUUGCCGAUUACAGUGAAACAUAUAAAUCGUCUGUGGAAACAGAUCGUUUACUUUGAAAGUUGUAAACAACUCAAGACUCUCACGGCGUCUUAUUUCCGACACUUCGAUGCGUGGCUGAUUAAUAUGGACUAACAAAAAAACACUUCGUUGUUAGUAUUAGAACAAAUAGAUAUAAAUAUUGUGUAAGUUUCUUUGAAAAUAAAGGAGGUAUAUAUACGUCGUUCGCAAACCGAAGUGCGUCUGCCCGCUUUGUUGCCAUACAAAUUGAAUUUACUUUGAGAACGAUUUAUUUCCUGAAAUUGAAUGGAUCUUUCAAAAGAGCCGUCUUUUUCCUCUCUCCCUUUUUCUUCCAGUCACACCAGGCUUGUAAUCAGGAACAAAAACUGACAUAAAUCAAGGGCAGAUUGACAGGGGCUGACAAAUAACUGAUUGAUUGCGGUCGAGUAGAAUUGACAGUUGACUGAGGGGUGGAGAUAGAAAUAGAAGGGAGGGAGGUGUAUAUAAUAUUGAAAACAUGUGACAUUCACAUCCCUCGAUCUCUGCAUUGGCCCUCUCCUGUCAACGCAUGCCUGAUUGGAGAAUUUAAACCCGAGACAAAAAAAGGUUGAUCUUUUGUUUGGUGUACACUCUUUUUUUUGAAUCCCAAGAAGGCAGCUAUUGUAUUUAGACUUCUGGUGAACAUUCCAAUGAUAUCUAGCCGAUUUAAAUAUAAAAAAAUAAAAUAAAAAAAUAAAAAUUCUCAAUACUCGAACCCGAGCUAUUGGUAAUACAGUGACAAAUCAUCCGGAGCUGUGUGAAACCGAGUAUUCUGUCAGAGUAUUUCAAUAGCUCAAAAGUCAUGUUUGUAGUGAUCCCAUUAAACGCAUUUAACCUUAUUCAUGUAUUUGUUUAUUCAAAUAAUACCAAGGUCUUGCGUGCUUUUAUUUAGCAAGGUUGCGUUGAACUUUGCUUAAAAGAAAUAUCAAUUUAGUUUGUUUCAAAAACAAAAUAGCAUUACAUUGUAGCUAGUGGUAAUGUAUUUUGUGUAUUUACAUGCUAAACAUAAAAUAAUAAAAAAUGUAUAGCCUAGAAUAGCAUAUUUGGAAAAUAUCUUAGCUAUGUACUAGCAACCUACCUUAUUGAUACCAGGGGAGCACUGGAAAGAUAAGCUUGGCUACAAUAAAUUAUACAAUACAUAUAUAGCCUAGGUUAUUUUUAAUAAGGUUCAGAAACAAAUGCCUCUUUUUGGUUUUGUUUUGUUUUAAUGUAGUUGCUGUGCAUGCUCUGCUAUUUGCAAUUAGAGGUUGUUAAGGAGUAUAUAAGAAACCAAAUAUUAAAUCCAGCCUCCCCCUAGCGAACAAAAUAGAAGAGUUUACAAAAAAAGGAACGUCACAUCCCCUUGACCCUCCAAUCACCUCUGGGUCCCAUUUGAUUGGAAGGCGGCAAAGGCUUUAAUCUCAGACUAAUUCAGCUGCUUUUGAAGUGAGGUUUUCUGCCAGAUUUCGGGUUGGGAGAACUACUGCGCGGAUCUGUUAAGACACGCAGAGACAACAGAGCUUCUGGUGCAGCAAUAGCUUUAAACCGAUAGCCACACAGCCGUCUCCUGACUGUACGCUUUUACCUAAGGAUUAUACCUAUUUUGUUGAUCUUGGACUGGUCGUACUCUUGUCAUUUUAAAGAAAAGAAAUGAACAUAUAUAUUUUUUAAAUGAAUCUGAUAAAUGCAUUUUCAACAAUUUCUAUGAGAAUUGGGUCAUGAUCACAUCGCCCUCGGUCUCUGCUCUACGAAAUAGUAAUAAUCAAGCCUGGGAGAGCAGCGGUUCUUGGAAUAACAGCUCCGCGACAAAUCUCAACAAGCCCUUUCUCCACUCCGUUCCUCCUUCGGAUCCAAUAAGGCAAGCUAAUCGCCUUCCCAUCAAGGUGUUGAAAAUGCUCACGGCACGAACAGGACACAUUCUGCACCCCGAGUAUCUCCAGCCCCUGCCGUCUACCCCCGUUAGCCCAAUCGAGCUUGAUGCCAAGAAAAGUCCACUGGCUCUUUUGGCUCAAACUUGCUCACAAAUCGGAAAACCAGACCCACCAGCCUCUUCUAAACUCUCGUCAGUAACAUCUAAUGGAUCUAGUGACAAAGAUUCCAAAUCCGGCCCAUUGAAAUUGAGUGACAUAGGAGUGGAAGACAAAUCUAGCUUCAAACCUUACUCAAAACUAUCCGAGAAGAAGGACUCCGGGGUUUCCAGUGGAGAGAAAUCUGGUUUCCGCGUGCCUAGCGCCACCUGCCAGCCAUUUACUCCAAGGACAGGCAGCCCCAACUCCAGCACUUCUGCUUCCCCGUUGCCAUCAGAGAGCAAAUCUGGAGACAGUCAAGACAAGAAAGACUCUGAAUCUAAUAAAAAUAGCACAUCUGAGGGGUCUGGAGCCUCUAGCAUUAGCCACGGCAGGAUAAGUGUGAGUUGUGCUGGAAUAAAUGUAGAGGUCAACCAACAUCAGGAUACUAAUUCGGGGUCAAAAUCUGUAACUUCAGACUCUUUAUCAGUAUCUUCAGCCUCAUCUGCAUCAGUACUUGGAUCUGGUCUUGUGGCUCCUGUUUCACCAUAUAAACCAGGACAGACUGUUUUUCCACUUCCACCGGCUGGCAUGUCAUACCCUGGGUCUUUGGCCGGGGCCUAUGCUGGCUAUCCACAUCAGUUCCUGCACCACGGAGUGACUUUAGACCCAACCAAGUCCAACAGCCUAGUCAAUGCCCAGCUUGCCAGUUCACUAGGCUGCAGUAAGGCAGGAUCAAGCCCCUUAGCUGGAGCCUCACCACCUUCAAUGAUGUCUGCUAGCAUUUGUAGAGACCCUUACUGCUUAAGCUACCACUGUGCAAGUCACCUGACUGGGGCUGCCAGUGCACAAUGUGCACACGACUCUGCAGCUGUUGCAGCUCUUAAAUCUGGAUACCCGCUGGUAUACCAAACGCACCCGUUGCACAGUGUCCACUCCUCCCCACCAUCAUUUGCUGGGCACCCCUUAUACCCUUAUGGCUUUAUGCUCCCCAAUGAUCCCCUGCCACACGUCUGCAACUGGGUGUCGGCCAAUGGACCUUGUGACAAGCGUUUUUCCUCCUCUGAAGAACUCCUGAACCACCUGCGAACCCACACAGCUUUCACUGGAACAGAAAAGCUCAUAUCAGGUUACCCUAGCUCAUCUUCUUUAGCCAGCGCAGCAGCAGCAGCUAUGGCUUGCCACAUGCACAUGCCCCCAACAGGGGCCCCUGGGAGCCCCGGCACAUUGGCACUCAGGAGCCCCCACCACGCUUUGGGACUGAGCAGUCGCUAUCACCCUUAUUCAAAGAGCCCCUUACCAACUGGUGCACCAGUGCCGGUACCUGCAGCCACAGGACCAUAUUACUCUCCAUAUGCACUGUACGGACAAAGACUGACCACAGCAUCUGCACUGGGAUAUCAGUAAAACAAAAAAGACUAACACAUUUAUAUAAAAAUACAAAUAUAAAGACUUUUAUAUUACUGUCCACUUAAGGACUGGAUCCGUGGACACUGUAUUUAUUUAUGUUAGCUUCAAGCAGGACAAUAAAAACGAAAAAAUACAAAUAACUCAAAAGUGCAUUACUUUAAAACAGAGCUCUAUAGGUAAAGUGAAACGCCCAUGGUAGAAUAUUAAUGAAAAUAGGUUUUUUUUUUUCUUUUCGAUGUUUAUUUGAAAUUGCUAUGAUUGUAUUGUACGUUCCUAUUUAAUGUCUCCUUGGAAGAAAAUAAUUUACAUGCAUGUUUGUUACUAAAAUCCCAACUUGUCAUUUAUAAUUUUAAAUUGCAGUUAUUUUUAAGGUGUAUACCAUGGAGAGAGAAUUGGUAUUUUUUUGUAUGUAUUCUGAAAAAAAAGAAACAGUUCUAUUCCAAAAAAUAAACUAUCGUCUUUUAUUUCUUACGUUUGCUUUGCACUAAACAUACAGGUUUUACAAUUUAAGGAAGGUUUUUGGUAUACUUUAUGUAAGCUGGUAUGAAAUACUUCUGGGUAUAACGUAACUAAAACAGACAUUAUCAAAUAAACUUGACUUUUUAAUUUGUUA